GGAGAAGAAAGGCUACUAUCAAGCUUCAGGUCACCUGAGUCUAAAGAUAACCCAGAAGAGGGUAUAUGAUGAGAACUUAAGACAGUUCUCUGGAACCUAUGCAAGAGCAAGUCCUAAACAGUUUCACUUCCCCCUAGCAAAGCCUAGCCCUGGCCUUGUGGCCUGAGCACUGGGGCUGCAUUUCCGGAAACUUAGGGCCACAGUCCCCAGGGUGGGAAGCAAACUGCAGUGCCACAAACCAGAAGAGCUCAAGUCUGCAGGGGAAGUUGCGAGCAGGGAACCCACGACGGCAGUUCCCAAGCCUCGGGUUCCAGCCACCAGCAAUGUUUCCUGUGGCUACUGGCACUAGGGACAGGAACGAGGACCUGCUCACUGCUGGCCCAGUGCCUCCAGGAAAUACAAAAGACAUCCUCCUGAUACAUGAAGAAGAUGCUGAGGAAUGGGCUCUGUACUUGCAGGAAAUAUUUAUACAUAUAGUAGAAAGAGAAGCAAUAAUGUUAUAUCCGUUGUGGAGUUUCUCUUCUUCACAUUUGGAAUUGCUAAAUUUAAAUGCUUACAAAUGUAAACUUCUGAUAUUAUCUAAUAGUCUGCUUAAAGACCUAACGCCAAAGAGGUGUCAGUUUCUAGAGAAGAUACUUCACUCACCAGAAAGUGUAGUGACCCUGCUUUGUGGAAUGGAGAGCUCGAAUUCCUUCUUUGAAUUAAUAAACGUCCCCAGAAGCAGGUGGGAGAUCUCAACGGAGCAAGAGCCUGAGGACUACAUCUCUGUUGUCAGACAAAUCUUAUACACAGGUUCUGAAGACUAUCUUGAGGUCAGCAUUCCAACAGAGCCAAGAGCAAAAUAUUCUGAGGAGACAAGAGGACAGGAGGAGACUGAUGACCCAGAAGCUUCUGCAGUGUCUGAGCCUCUGGCCCUGGUGCUGCCUGAGGAAAUUCCAUGUGAGAAUCCUGGUGAGAUAUUCAUUCUGUUGAAAGAUGACCUGAUUAGUGAAAUUCUGGAAGUUGAAUUUAUAUCAACCAACAAGUGCCUCAGAACACGGCCAGCACGUUGGAGUAAGAGUGUCUGGUGUCUGAAAGCUGCAGAUUUUCCCCCUGGUUCAGUCACUGUCAACAUCCACUGUGAUGAAAUCCUCAAGGCCACAACAGAAAUCAAAUACUGUUCAUCAGCAAAAUCCAGAGAAAGUCCUUUUAGAAUGUCAGAACCAGGCAAGAGUUUGUACCAGAAAAGCAUUGAAGAGCUUGAUGGUGUUCUUGCUUCUAUAUUCAAGCAUGAGAUACCAUAUUAUGAAUUCAAACCUCUCCAAACUGAAACUUACCCUCAAAAAGAAUAUACUCACACCAGAGAGCUCCCAACACUCCUGCACUGUGCAGCGAAGUUCGGCUUAAAGAACCUGGCUCUUCAUCUGCUACAGUGCUCAGGGGCACCCUGGGCAGCCAGUAUGAGAAAUAUGGAUGGUUCAGACCUGAUGCAUAUUGCUGAGCAGCAUGGUCAUAAAGAACUCAUGAAAAUCUUUGAAGAGUUCACGAUCCAAAACAUUAGCAGAAAUAAUGAGCAAGAAAAUGACUACGAAGAGGAUAUUACCUCAUUUUCUACAUAUCCACCCUCUACGCAGCCGCCAGCAUUUCAUCGUGAACUCAUGAAGACACACAGACGGAGCACAGACAGAUCUGAGGAACUUGAAAGGGUUGGGGACACAAAGGAGGAAGAACCAAGUGCUGAGGCAGGAGCCAGCCUGCCAGAGGUCGAUGGUGAUGGUGACAGCUCUGAGAACCAGUAUGACGACUUGUAUGUGUUCAUUCCUGGAACUGAUACAGAAAGCAACUCACCAGAGCCUCUCCCAUACUGCAAACCGCCUCUGCCCCCACCCCGACCGGGAACUGCUGCCUCCCAACUAGAAAGACCUCACCUCACCUCACAAGCAGGUAAAAUGAUGGACGACCAAGUGGAAAGAAGUCUGAACUGGUGUGAAAUCAGUGUGAGAGGAGAGACAAGGGAUGAACUCCGCAGAGAAGAAAGAGAGGAAGCAGCACAGAGAGAGGAGGAGGAGGAGGAAGAAGAAAACCCGUACACAUUUGCAGAAACUGAUGACAAUGAGUAUGACCAGAUACUGGCCAGUAAGAGUGUAAAGAAAAGAACUGGAAAUCGCUCUUUCAUUAUAAACAGACCUCCUGCUCCCACCCCCCGGCCCACUCACGUCCCUUGCAAAGAAGAAACCACACCUUACAUAGCUCAAGUGUUCCAACAAAAGGCAGCCAGAAGACAAUCUGAUGGUGAUAAGUUCUACACUCUCCCUAAGAAACCAGACAAAACUCAGGUGGAGGGUCCAACCUUCUCUAGUGCAAAGGGUUAUGUGAGCACUGGGCAGAAAGAACUGAUCCUUGGGCAAGAAGAACUGAUCCUCCUGCAGGAGAAAGUCAAGAAUGGGAAAAUGUCUAUGGAUGAAGCUCUAGAGAAAUUUAAACUUUGGCAGAUGGGAAAGAGUGGUCUGGAAAUGAUUCAACAGGAAAAGCUACGCCAACUACGAGACAGCAUUGUUGGGAAAAGGCCAGAAGAUGAAAAUGCCUAUGAUAAACUCACCAUUGUGCACCAUCCAAGUGGUAAUGCUGCCCACAAUGAAAAUACAUUGUACAGUGGUCCCUUCAACAAUAAGCUUCCUACUAGACUCCAAGUUGAAAAGGAAUUUGGUUUCUGCUGCAAGAAAGAUCAUUAAAGAAGAUUAUUAUAAUUAAACUCAAGAAUCACCAAACAGUUUUAUGUUGAAUGAAGCAAGCCUGCUGGCGGAGUUUCUGAUCUCUAGGACUAAUCCACAUAGAACACAAAGCAUGACUUUGGAUUCCAGAAUGUGUUAUCACCACAAUUCAUUGGUACUGUAUUUCUUCAGAUGAAUAUAGCAAAAGAUGGAAAUCAAUAUCAUUCUCUGAAUCCAUUCUUUUUGUCACUGAAGCACUUGAUUUUUCCAUAUUGAAAAUCAAAGAAAUCAGCAAAGUUAUAUGUAGUCUAGCAAAAUUAUGGAACCAGACUAUACAGAUUAUUCUUCCUACUCUUUGACACCUUCAAAUAAAAAUGUAUUUUGUAUUUGCUUUGUAAAUGACAGUCCUCUGUCCUCCUUUCUCACAUUUAGAGCCAUAAUGUUCUUUUUACAACAUGUUUCCAGACAGCUUCUUUUAUUUAGUGCCUAUUUGCUUGUAUCCUUGAAAUGUAUUUUUAUUUACAUUUUCCUUAGUUGAUGUUGUUUUGUUUUUUAGUGUUAACCAAGCAUUCUGCUACUGAGCCCUAUCUUCAUCCCUCUACAUUUUUUUCUGAAGUCAUGUUAACAACUGAUGGUGUGCACCUUGAUAUUUCAGACAUGCAUCACAAAUUGAUUGUAUUCAUCCUUUACUUUUCUAGAAGGCCAUUUUUCCCAUGCCUUGCUGUCCCUGAGUCCUUACUAAAUGUCCUUCCCUAAAUUAAAACAUAUUUUUACAGCU